GCCGCCGCCAUGGCCAUGGCGCUGCCGGCACCGCCCCCCGCCCGCGUCUUCGCCGAGCUCGACGCGGUCCCGGCCUCGGUCCCGGCCCUGUUGGGCCGCGCUGGGCCUCCGGUGCCGCCCGGGCGGGAGGUGCAUGUGAGCGGCAGCGCGGAGCUGAGCGUCCGCCCGGACCGGGCGCGAGUGUCGCUGCGGCUCAGCAGCCGCAAGGAGGCGGCCGGGGAGGCGCGGAGCAGCGUGUCCCGCCGGCUGGACUACAUCGCCCACAGCGCCCGCCUGCGCGGCGUCCCGGAAGAAGAUAUGACUGUAACAGAAGACUUUAGUAGAGUAGAAAAUACUUACCAAAUGGAAGCAGAGGUCAGUAUUAUAUUCAGUGAUUUUGGAAAAAUGCAGACUGUUUGCAAUCUACUCAUUGAAAAGUUAGGAACCGCUGUUACCAUCAGUCCACCUCAUUUCUACCAUACACCAGAAGCCAUAGACACCCUUCGCCGUCAAGUAUGUGUUGCUGCUGUUGGAAACACGCGGCGGAAAGCUCAGGAAGUCUGUCGAUUGUUUGGCCAGUCACUGGGAAAACCUUUACUGAUAAAAGAAGAAGGAACAAAAGAAUGGGGAGGCCACAUAGACAGUUACCUGCCACGCUCUGCUGAUUCACUGACUCUGCAGGAAAGAAUCCAGAGUGCUACUGCUUAUGCAUCUUCUAGAGUGUUUGCUGUGUUUGAGAUAAAGGGGAAAGAACACAGAAGAAACAAGUUGCUCUAGAAACUUUCAAAUCCUAUACAUUUUCUUAAUAAAAUUUUUAUGCUUUCUUGA